AUGGUCUUCUGGGAGCGCGACUGGUGGAGCAAGUGGUGGGAGAAGCAGCGCCAGCGGGACUGCUGCGACUGCGAGUGCAGCUGGACCACGGCCAUCGUCUGCCUGGUCGUCCUGGCCGUGCUCGGGGGCGCCCUCGCCCUCCUCGUCCUCGCCUUCGCCGUCCUCAACCCGCCCACGGCCAGCGCCGACGACGCCCUCCUCACGCGUUUUGACCUCGCCCCGGCCCCCAACUCCACGUCCACGGCGAGGCCGCCGCUGCAGCUCCUGUCCUACAACGCCACGGUCACCGUCUCCCUGCGCAAUCCCAACCUGCACUACGGCGUCACCUUCGGGGCCGUCGCCGCGGCCUUCUCCUUCAACGGCACCCGCUUCGACGAGUCCGGCACCGUGCCGACCCUCGACCUCGGCGCCCGGAAGGAGGCCGCGGUGCGCCUCAGGGUCGGCGCCGUCGGCCGCGCCCUGCCGAAGCUGACGGCGGCCGGCGCGGCGGAGUUCGCCAGGCAGAAGGACGCCGGCGUGUUCGAGGUGGAGGUGCGGCUGGACACGGUGAUGCAGUACAAGGGGCGCAAGACCAAGUGCCCGCUGGCCGUCAUCUGCCCGGUGAGCCUGCAGCUGGUGGACCCGGACGUGGCCGCCACCUCCUUCCAGAAGUCCAAGUGCACCAUCCUCCGGGCCAAGAUCUCCGGCUGCUAG